GGUUCCUGGCGCGCGCGAAGGAGGGCGAACUGCGCCUGCGCUCCAGACCAACAUGGCGGCCUCCAGGCUCCUCUCGCGGACAGCAGCCCUUCUUCAGUCCAGCAGAUGUGUGACAGUCGCGAGAUCCACAUCCGGAUUCCUGAGGCAUCACAGGACCCUCUCGGUUGCACCAGCCAGCCAGCCACAGGAUGAUAUUGAGGAGAAGCUUCUGCGGGAGCCAUUGAAGCAUGCAGACUUCUUCAAUCUGCAGGAGCUCUUUUCUCUCCAGGAGCUCUUCGACGCUCGAGUCCACCUUGGCCACAAGAAGGGCAGCCGCCACAGAUACAUGGUGCCGUAUCUCUUUGGCUGCCGCUUGGAGCACGACAUCAUCGACCUUGAACAGACGGCGCAGCACCUCCAGCUGGCCCUCAAUUUCACGGCCCACGUGGCCUUCCGCAAAGGCAUCAUCCUCUUCAUCAGCCGCCAUCGCCAGACGUCCCACCAGGUGGAAAACGUGGCCAAGGAAUGCGGGGAGUACGCCCACACCCGCUACUGGCAGGGCGGCUUGCUGACCAACGCCCCCAUCCAGUACAGUGCCGGUGUCCGCCUGCCAGACCUCCUGAUCUUCCUCAACACUUUCAACAAUGUCUUUGAGCCUCACCUGGCCAUCCGGGACGCGGCCAAGAUGAGCAUCCCCACCGUGGCUGUGGUGGACACCAACGCCAAUCCCUCCCUCAUCACCUACCCCAUCCCGGGGAAUGACGACAGCCCCUCGGCCAUCAGCCUUUACCUCUCGCUCUUCAAGACCACCAUCUUGAGGGCCAAAGAGAAGAGGAGGCACCUGGAGGCUUUAUUCCGGCUGCAGAAGAAGUCCACCAGGCCCAUGGCCCCCCUCCAGCGCCCAAUUCCUAGGGUGGAUGAGGAGAACGGGCAUUCCAACUCCUCAAGCUAGGACUUGCAGUCUCUACAUAUACCUGCUGGACUGAACCCCUCCCAUUUCUUAGCCUGCCUCUAAUACAACCGAGGUGGGUUUUUCCCAGUUUGGCCCGAUUUGGCUGAACCACUAGUGGAAUUCAGGCCUGGGUUGCAGAACCGGCAGCAUCCUAGGCCUGCCAUGCCCCUGAACCGGUUCCCUCACCGCCAUUGGACUGCCGCCAUUUUGAUUUUUAGUGGCUGCGCAUGCACAGUUCACCGUCACUUGUUCUACACAAGUGCGAAGAACAUUUCACAUUGAACUGUGCAUGUCGUGGGUGUCCGGCGUGCACGCUGGUUGCAAACCAGUAGUAAAACCGGCAGCAACCCAACCCUGUACUACAAGGUAGGGAAGCAGAGGUUGCAGAUCACACAGUCUCUAACUAUUAGGGAUGCUGGGAGCUGUAGUUUAAUCAUUAGGAAGACAAAGGUCUCCUACCCGCCUUCUGUUCUAUGUGUUGCCUUUCCACUUCAGUCUUCACUCUUUUGAGCUGCCAGUUUUUUAAAUUAUAAAUGUUAUUGAAUGCAGCAGUUUUCACAAGAACUGGCAGCUGAAGGAAUAAAUUGUCUGGAUGGUA